AAACGAAACGUAUUCAUGUGACAGAACAGCUGAGCCCGCUGAAAAAAAUAUUUAUUGUGUUGACACCACAUUCCUCUCCCCAUCUAAAAAUGUGUUUAUGUUUAAUGUGUUGACACCGGCCAUGCACGGGACAGCAACCACAAAUAUCACCAAGUAAUCGUGUAAUAACCUCAAGAUCCAAUCUACUUAAAUCACGAAAAUGUCAGCGAGUAGAUUGGAUGCAGUCUAUCGCAGUAUACUUAUUACAAAAUUUUUCACUAAAGGAUGGGGAAAGCCUGAAAAUUUACGUCGGUUAUUCGAGUUUAGAAAAGUAGUAUCGAACCGAGAUGAAUGCUUCAAGCUCAUUGAGAGAGACUAUGCCGUUACUAUCACUAAGGAACAAAAACUGUCAGACUGCACAUUACUGGAAGGGUACUUUGUAUCCCCUCUGCACCGCUACCUGCCCGGGAUAGUGCCGGAAAUGGCUCAGAAGGCCCACUUCCAGGUGCUCCUGCCUCUCCACUGGCCGGAGAAGGGUGUGAAACCCAUGUGCCUACAUCUGGCUGGUACCGGUGACCAUUUCUUCUGGCGGCGUCGAAACCUCAUGGUGAAGCCGCUUAUCAAAGAGGCUGGCAUUGGCGGCAUCAUCCUCGAGAACCCCUUCUACGGCCUCCGGAAACCGAUAGACCAAGUGCGCUCAUCUCUCCACAACGUGUCAGACAUCUUCGUGAUGGGUGGUUGCCUUAUUCUGGAAUCACUAGUGCUAUUCCACUGGUGUGAGCGGAACGGACUCGGUCCCCUCGGCGUCACCGGCCUGUCCAUGGGCGGUCAUAUGGCGUCGCUAGCAGCUACAAACUGGCCGAAACCCCUGGUGCUGGUGCCGUGCUUGUCGUGGUCAACCGCGUCUGCAGUCUUCCUACAGGGUGUCAUGUCACAAUCAAUAAAUUGGGAUUUAUUAGAAGACCAGUACCUCUCGGACGGCGAAUACCGCGAAAAACUCAGCAAAAUGGUCACCAUCGUCGACGAGGCUUUCCUAGCGGGAAAAAAGUUCGCACAGACCUACCAUCCCUCGACACACCCCGUCUCCACCACCAUUGACAUGGCUAAGAAACUAGACGUGACUUAUAAGGAGACCAAAUUGGAAAACCCAGACAUCGUGGACAUGACAAAAAGUAUAGUGGAGUUAAAUAAAAAUGUGCCAAAGAAAAAAGCGAAGUCUUUUCCGAGGGAGGCUUUGAUUCAAGAGCUGCAGAGGCUCCUGGAUGAGGAGAAAAUCAGCCAGCAGUUGUAUGAGAAGUUGUUGUCGAACGACAAGUUUGAGCUGAUGCCGCAGGAUAUUGAUGAUAUCAACAAGUUAACGGAGGAUAAGAUUAAUGAAAUAUUGAUGAAGUGCAAAAUUGCGGAUUUGAGAUCAACAGGUAUUGUGGAAAACAAUACAGAACCAGCCAAAACCGACCAAAGGAGAACUGGCGCCCAACCCAUUUUAAACCCACAAACACAACUCCAACCAGUCCCGGAGACCAAACUAGUAAAAGCCAAGAGUAAAUCCUGGACAGUGUCAGAAAUAACGUCGGACUUGUGGUCGAAUCUGCCUUUCUUGAAAAGUAAGAGUGAGAAGAAGAUAGAUUGGAGCAAGGUGCAUUGGAGGGACAGAGAGGCACUGCAGUUCAUGAGAGGGAUCAUGGACGAGUGCACGCAUUUAAGUAACUUCUCUGUGCCGUUUGACACUUCGUUGAUAAUUGCUGUGUGUGCGAAACACGACGCGUAUGUGCCUCGCGACGACGUGGGCACACUAGAGGAGAUCUGGCCCGGCGCUGAAGUGCGCUACGUGGACGCCGGGCACGUGUCCGCCUACAUCCUGCACCAGUCGCUCUUCAGGUAACAUUACACUAGACACGUGGGCACGCUAGAGGAGAUCUGGCCCGGCGCUGAAGUGCGCUACGUGGACGCCGGGCACGUGUCCGCCUACAUCCUGCACCAGUCGCUCUUCAGGUAACAUUACACUAGACACGUGGGCACGCUAGAGGAGAUCUGGCCCGGCGCUGAAGUGCGCUACGUGGACGCCGGGCACGUGUCCGCCUACAUCCUGCACCAGUCGCUCUUCAGGUAACAUUACACUAGACACGUGGGCACGCUAGAGGAGAUCUGGCCCGGCGCUGAAGUGCGCUACGUGGACGCCGGGCACGUGUCCGCCUACAUCCUGCACCAGUCGCUCUUCAGGUAACAUUACACUAGACACGUGGGCACGCUAGAGGAGAUCUGGCCCGGCGCUGAAGUGCGCUACGUGGACGCCGGGCACGUGUCCGCCUACAUCCUGCACCAGUCGCUCUUCAGGUAACAUUACACUAGACACGUGGGCACGCUAGAGGAGAUCUGGCCCGGCGCUGAAGUGCGCUACGUG